AUGAAGUUCACGACUGCCGCCGCCGCUCUUCUGCCCCUGGCCUCGGCCUCGGUCUCGGCAACCGGCAUGAACGCCCGCCAAGCCACCGACAUGAAGUUCGAGAUCAGCGAUUUCUCGGCAGCCUGCACGUCCGAACGCGGCUACUUAACCAACUCAGCAUGGCCACCAGCAAGAACCCCGGACUUCCAAGUGAGCUGCGACGCACUGAGCUGGAGCGGUGACGGCAAGCUGCCUGCCGUCGGCCAGACCCAGUUUGGAUCGUACACCGUCUCGGUCGCCCAGCUCGACGAUGGCGGAUUGGCUCUGACGGUGAAGUCGGUCAAGGAAGCGGUGGCGGGGACCUAUACUGUGUCCAAGGACGACCUGAAGGCCACGACGUCGGGCGAAAGCGCGGUGCAAUCAUACGCGGGCGUCUCCGACUUCACUAUCGAUGUUGACUCAGCUUCGUCUUCGGCCUGGACUUCUUCGGUCUCGGGCAUUACUGCUACGGCUGAUACUCCCGUUGCCUAA